AGGGUAGAUAAAGCACCACUGAAAAAGCAAAUAUAUAUUUUUUAGUAUCUUUACUUGAUAUCUCAGAGGAAAUAAGUCAACUUUUGUCUAAAAUGUCUCAGAGGAAAUAUCUUGAAGAAAUAGAAACGGAGGUGGGAAGAUCUCUUGCAAUUUUGAACGAUGAUUUGGAAAAACUCGAGCAGGCAUCAUCAUCUACGAAAUAUGCUCCCAGGCUUGAGGAAUACCGCAAAACUCUAGAAGUUUUGGACAAUGUGCUGGCAGAAUUCGAUGAUUGGCCUGCUAUGGAAACAGAAGACAAGAAUUUUAAUAAUGAAAACAACUCUUUAGAUGUUUUCUCCACGGAUAACCACUCGAACCAGAAUUCAUCAGAUUUUCAAAAAGAGAAUCCACUUGCCAUUCCAAAUACUCAACUCAGCGAAGAUAACAAUAACCUCUUAUCACAUAAGAUAACAUCUCCACCGGGAACACGUAAUCACCCACAGCUCACCUCUGUUUCAUUUGUUGUUCAAGAAUCAAACAUGGCUAUGUGGGCAACGGAAAGUGACGAUGGACGCAUGCAGCAACUCAGAUCGAAAUUCCACAGGGUCCGAGAGCUACUUAAAAGGAAUGUUAUUACACUUCUGGAUGCCGAACCCCCUUCUUUUAUUCCCCCAAACCCCCCUUCUCCAAAUAAGAACUUUACUUUCAGUUGCGAUAUCAGUGAAUUGUCAGAUUCGAGCAGCAACAGCAGACAGUCACCGACAGUGGAGGACAUUCCGAAUCUUCUGCCCACGGAUGUUCUUCUGAGACCGCAGUUUGGGAUCACCUAUUCUCUGGAAGAGGACUUACCCCCUGGAGUGAAGGAGAUUCACAGGACCUCAACCCCUAAGAGCAACGUUUCACCUACCAGCAGCUUCUCCAGGGAGUUUGGACGCUUGUCCACGUUCAACAGUCAGAGUGAAUGGGAAGUCGCUAGCAGCAUUCCCGACAAAGUUCCGGUCACCUCUUUCAAAUCUUUGACGCUUCCUAAUGGGUUAGAUCGUUUCCCAUUUUCUACGCAAGAGGAGAGUUCUCAUUGGAGGAAGCCAUCAACCCGAAAAUCAACCAAUAAUGUUUCGCCUAGAGAAGAAGAACGCGAAACAAAGAAAUCCCAUUUCUCCUUCAGAAAAUUCAGCAGAAAGAGCAAAUCUGGUUCGGUUCUAUGAUCGUUGGUCAUCAAGAGGAUUUUCUUAACUAAGAAAUUCUAUGCUAUAUUUCUUGAACACAAAAAUACUAUUGUUGUUGUCGUUAAUAUUGAUUUCUCAAAUGUAUAUAUUUUUUACCAUUUGCAUAUAUUUUGUUGACCUGUUUUUAUAAAGUAUAGUUAUAUAUCUUGAAGACUUUUCAUUAAAAAUUUAUGUACUUUUCUGAAAGAAAA